AUGUCCUGCUUCUCGCUAUCGCCUGGUCCCUACCAUUCUGGCGCAGACAGUCCUGGGUCGUCCGUGUUCGACCUUCCUACGCAGUCAGGCCGUAACGAGCGGCCUACACCGACCAGCGGCACUGCGCCCGAAGACUCGUUUUGCGACAAUUCGAGCCAGAGGGUAGCAACACCCUCGUUUCUGGUGAUAUCAGGAGGAACAGGAUGCAACUCGAUAUGUUCUGCCUUCGGAAACGCGUGCUAUGCGUUGCCCGUCUCAGACGACGGAGGUUCGUCCAGUGAAAUCAUACGCGUCUUGGGGGGUCCAUCUAUCGGCGAUAUACGAUCGCGUCUUGUACGCUUGAUACCUCCUGCACCGAAGACAUCAUCAUUGGACCGUAUCCGUAACCUUCUCGAAUACAGGUUAUCCGCAGAACGCUCUGAGCGUGAAGCCCGCGACGAAUGGAGGGACAUUGUCGAGGGUCGAAGCCCCCUGUGGUCUGGCAUACCCAACGACAGGAAGGAAAUGAUCAGAGGCUUCCUGGUACACUUCGAGAGUGAGGUGCUGAAGCGAGCACAUAAGAACUUCUCUUUCGUCAACGGGAGCAUCGGCAAUUACUUCCUGUCCGCCGCCCAGAUCUUCUUCCGCUCGCUUCCCUCAGCCAUCUUCCUGUUCUCUUCCAUAACGAAUAGCCAGGCGAACAUCAUUCCCGUCAUCGUCACGAACCAUACCGUGACGAUCGCCGCAGAACUAGAGAACGGCGGCAGACUCGUUGGGCAGUGCGAGAUCUCCCACCCUGUGGUGCGUCCCCCGAGCAUCAGCGUCCUCGGCGCGGAAGAGCACGACGCGGACCCACUGUCUCCCGUGGACGGCCUGGACGGCGUCGCUUCCCCCAGGGGCAAUGUGAUGUUCCAGGCGCAGGACAAGGGGGAGUAUCAGCCCCUUGCUGCACGAAUAACCAAGCUAUACUACAUCAACGCGUACGGUAGCGAGAUUCACCCAACGCCCAACCCUGAGUACAUAACGAACAUGUCGUUGAACGAUGUGUUGGUGUACUCAUGUGGAUCAUUAUGGACGAGUAUCAUCCCGUGCUUAGCCCUGAAAGGAGUUGCGAGUGCCAUCGCACGGUCAAGAUCUCUGCGUGCCAAGGUCCUCCUGUUGAACUCGAAGAACGACCGAGAAACAGAUGGCUACACAGCCGUCGACUACAUCAAGACAAUCGCACGGACACUGAACCAGUCCCAUCACUCCCCGACAUACGGCGGCUUGGGUAGGGUAGACACCACCUACCCAGUCUCCGCGUUCAUCACACACCUCGUCUACCUCCAGGGCACGACCGUCGAAGUGAACGAGGCACUAAUCACCGCAUUGGGAGUCGAGUGUGUUCAGGCCAAGGGCACACUGGACGAAAAGUCCGGCGUCCCACAGUUCGACGCGGAUUGCGUUCGUGACGCCAUGCGUCGUAUCAUAGCGGAGACGGAGGUUCGUGAAUGAACGCGUCUCACUGUAAUCGGACUAUUCCCUCGAACUACCUCGAAUUACCUUCAUUCAUGGACUGAAUACACCUAUGUAAGCCUAGACCAUGUAGAAGAUACAAUUGUGGAAAACAAGAAACAUUACAGAGACACUCGAGGUCA